GCCGACGCAAAGAAAAUCAACACCAAGACUAGACACAAAGCUUGUUUAUAUCUUAGUUUUACAUAUUUCCAACCUGCCUUUCCCUUUUCGUUUAUAAAAAGAUUCCAGCAACCAACCAUAUAUUCUGUAGCAGUUGAUGACUCAUCCUCCCUGUAUAUCCUCUGUUGAUGAAUUUUGAAGAUGAAGAUGAAGAUGGUGGUGGGAGUUUAUGUUUUGGGUCUAUCAUUCUCUUGUUUGCUGCUGCUUGCUGUUCCACAACUCACUGAUCCCUCCCAAGUUUCGGCAUUAUUAGCUGUCAAGAGCAGUUUAAUUGAUCAACACAAUCAUCUUAACAACUGGAAUAAAGGCCGAGAUCCAUGCGCAUCCAAUUGGACUGGAGUAGUAUGCUUUCAAACAAUUGGACCUGAUGGUUACCUUCAUGUUCGAGAAAUCCUGCUACUAAAUAGAAAUCUAUCAGGAAGUUUAGCACCUGAGCUUGGUCAGCUUUCUAGUCUUCAAAUAUUAGAUUUCAUGUGGAAUGAGCUAACUGGCAGCAUACCAAAGGAGUUAGGAAAGUUGUCUUCUUUACAACUCCUACUCUUGAAUGGUAACAGAUUAUCAGGCUACCUGCCUGACGAACUCGGAAACCUACCUCAUCUGAGGCGACUCCAAGUAGACGAGAACCAGAUAUCAGGACCAAUACCUAAAUCAUUUUCAAAUUUGGGCAGUAUUCGACAUCUGCAUCUUAACAACAAUUCAAUCAGCGGACAAAUUCCAUCUGAACUUUCCAAUCUAUCCACUUUAAUUCACUUGCUUGUGGACAACAAUAAUUUAUCUGGAUAUCUUCCAUCUGAGCUUUCAAACAUCCCAAACUUGAGGAUAAUUCAACUUGAUAACAAUAAUUUCAACGGGGCUGUCAUUCCUGCUGUGUAUAUGAAACUGUCAAGAUUAGUGAAACUAAGCCUUAGAAAUUGCAGUCUGCAAGGAGCUCUGCCUAAUUUCAGCAAAUUAUCAAGACUUAAAUAUCUAGAUCUUAGCUGGAACCAACUCUCUGGAUCGAUACCAUCAGAUAAGCUGCCGGAAAAUAUGACAACUAUUAUUCUGUCCUCUAACCUUCUAAAUGGAACAAUUCCGCAGAGUUUGUCAAAUCUUCCCUAUCUUCAGCUAUUGUCAGCAGAAAAUAAUACUUUUAGUGGUUCUAUUCCUGCUAGUAUAUGGCAGAACAAGCUCUUAAAUGCAACAGCAAGACUUAUACUUGAUCUUCAGAAUAAUUUGCUGGUAAAUAUUUCUGGAGUUCUCAAUCCUCCAGAAAAUGUUACUCUAAGGCUACAUGGCAAUCCUGUCUGCAACAUUGCAAAUAUAAAAAAUAUAACCCAAUACUGCAAACCAGAAGUUGGAGGGGAAGCUAAAGAAAUUUCAAAAACUACAAGCACUACUUGUCCUAUUCAAGCAUGUCCUGUCGACAAUUAUUUUGAAUAUGUCCCAGAAGCUCCUAUUCCAUGUUUCUGUGCAUCGCCUAUUCGAAUUGGAUACAGGCUGAAGAGCCCCGGCUUUUCUUAUUUCCAGCCCUACAUAGAUCUAUUUAAAAUGUAUUUAAGUAAAUCUCUGGGGUUAAGCCUUUAUCAGAUAUCUAUUGAACCAUACUUUUGGGAAGAAGGACCUCGCCUAAGGAUGUAUUUGAAGCUUUUCCCUGUAGCGGGGGUUGAACACUCGAACACAUUCAAUACAAGUGAGGUUUUGCGCAUAAACGACAUAUUCACGUCUUGGAGUUUCUCUGGUGAUGAUUUAUUUGGACCUUAUGAGCUUCUCAAUUUCAGUCUACUAGGACCAUAUUCAGAUGUUAUUAUUGGGCGUCAAGGAACAAGUAUAAACAAACGUGUUUUGGUGUUGGUUGUAGUGGUGGCAGUUGUUUGUGCAGUGGUGAUAACUAUAACGGCCACAGUUUUAAUCACCAAAAAACAUUCGAGAAACUUCCGUAAGCUGUCAAGAACACGUACAUCCUCGAAGAGUUCUGUAAAGAUCGAUGGGGUCAGAAGCUUCACCUUUGAAGAAAUGUCAACAGCAACCAACAAUUUCACUGACUCAACAUUAGUAGGCCAAGGAGGCUAUGGGAAUGUUUACAGAGGAAUGCUAUCCAACAAUAGAAUUGUUGCCAUAAAGCGUGCAAAAGAAGGAUCAUUACAGGGCGAGAAAGAAUUUUUGACGGAGAUAGAAUUGUUAUCAAGGUUACAUCAUCGAAACCUAGUUUCACUUGUUGGAUACUGUGAAGAAAAAGGAGAGCAGAUGCUGGUAUAUGAGUUCAUGCCUAAUGGCACAUUGCAAUACUGGCUUUCUGCUAAAUCAAAGGAGGCUUUGAACUUCGGGAUGAGAUUGCAUGUAGCUCUGGAUUCAGCGAAAGGUAUAUUAUACCUCCAUACUGAAGCAAACCCACCAAUAUUUCACCGUGAUAUCAAAGCCAGCAAUAUUCUUCUGGACUCGAACUUUACUGCAAAAGUGGCUGAUUUUGGACUCUCACUACUUGCACCAGUCUCAAAUGACCAAGGGUAUUUGCCAGAUCAUGUAUCAACAGUUGUUAAAGGCACCCCGGGCUACCUUGAUCCUGAAUAUUUUUUGACCCACAAACUGACAGACAAAAGCGAUGUCUAUAGCCUUGGUGUUGUCUUCUUGGAGAUCUUAACAGGCAUGCAACCAAUAUCCCAUGGGAAAAAUAUUGUCCGUGAGGUGAACUUGUCGUAUAAUUCUGGCACAAUGUUCUCUAUUAUAGACAGCAGAAUGGGAUCUUACCCCUCUGAAUGUGUCGAAAGGUUUAUAGCUUUGGCCCUGAAAUGUUGCCAUAGCAAGCCAGAAGAUAGACCAUCAAUGCCAGAGGUGGUUAGGGAACUCGAAAAUAUACUUGAAAAGAUGCCGGAAACCGGACCUGAUUCAUCCAAACCAACAUACAGGGAGUCCUCAUCCACAUCUUCAGUGUUCCUCUCGAACGACGAAUAUUUUGCAUCCUUAAAUAUGUCGGGAAGCAAUCUUGUUAGUGGUGUGAUGACAAGCAUCAAGCCUAGAUAAUAACUGAGAAGCCUCACACAAUGACACAUACAGUAGCAUAGUUGUAUGAGUGGUUCCUAGUUCUGCCUGGUGGAUGUGGAGAAGAUGGUGUAUAGUUAGGAAAUGCUUUUAGCCUUCUUGUUGUGUGUAUCAGUUGGGUGCCAAAGAGAUGCUUCUAAAUUUUGUUAAUUAGAUAGCUUGACUACCAAAGAGAUGAGCAAAACUUUAUAGCAUUGCUCUGUGCGCGCAAUUGAAAUAUAUGUAUUACAGAUAUAUUCCGUGGAGUUAAAUUAACUACUGAGGGUGUAAGUUUUAUAUUUGUU